AUGGCGGUAACAUUUGAAGAUGUCACUGUUAUUUUUACUUGGGAGGAGUGGAAAUUCCUGGAUUCUUCUCAGAAAAAGCUCUACAGGGAGGUCAUGUGGGAGAACUACACAAAUGUCAUGUCAGUAGGACACUGGAAUGAGAGCUACAAACCCCAAGGACAAAGAUUCAGAUAUUUAGAAUAUGAAAAUUUUUCCUGCUGUCAAGGCUGGCAGAAUGCUGGCUUUCAGAUAUAUGAAAGUCAGAACUAUGAGGAGAUUGUUCAACAGGUUGAUUCCAAAGACCCAACUCAGCAAGACCUUUCCCAGUGUCGAGAAUGGUUAAUACUCUCCACUCAAGUACCAGGGUAUGGGAACUAUGAACUGACUUUUGAAGGCAAAAGUCCCAGGAACUUAAAAUAUAAAAAGUUUAUACCUUGGCAGUCCUUAGAAACAAAAACCGCUCAAGACAAUGGUAGAAAAAUCUACCUCAGUGAUUUACAUGGUUUUCAAGGGCGUAGAUACCAUCUUGGCAUAUCCAGGAAAAAUCUCUCCAUGAAAAAAGAACAGAAGCUCAUAGUUCAGCAUUCUUGCAUCCCAAUGGAGGAAGCCCUUCCAGAGUACUUUGGGGAGAUAUGCCAAAAUGACCUGCUGAAAGACCCAAUGGAAGAGAAACACUGUGGCUGUAAUAAAUGUGAAGAAAUUUAUUAUUGGAACUCAGAGUGUGUUCACCACAAGAGAAAUCAAUUUGGAGGAAAGCUCUAUCAGUGCUCCAUCAGCACAGCAUACUUCUCUCAGAGAUCAGACUUGUACAGACAUCCAAGAAUCCACAUAGGUGAGAAGCUGUAUGGAUGUGAUGAAGUUGGCAGCAACGUUAGUCAGAGCUCAGGAGUUCACUUUCAUCAGAGAGUUCACACAGGGGAGGUACCUUGUAUCUGCAAUGCAUGUGGUAAGAGCUUCAAUCAGAUUUCUGGUCUUCACAAUCAUCAAAGAGUGCACACAGAAGAGAAACUCUAUAAAUUUGAGUGUGAUAAGGACCCCAGUAAAAAUUCAUUGCUUCACAUUCACCAGAGACUUCACAUAGGAGAAAAGCCUUUUAAGUGCGAUCAGUGUGGUAAGAGUUUUAGUCGGAGUUCAGUACUUCAUGUUCAUCAGAGAGUCCACACAGGAGAGAAACCAUAUAAGUGUGAUGAGUGUGGUAAGGGCUUCAGUCAGAGCUCAAAUCUUCGAAUUCAUCAGUUAGUACACACAGGAGAGAAGUCCUAUAAAUGUGAUGACUGUGGUAAGGGCUUUACCCAGCGCUCAAAUCUUCAAAUUCACCAGAGAGUGCAUACAGGAGAGAAGCCUUAUAAAUGUGAUGACUGUGGAAAGGACUUCAGUCACAGCUCAGAUCUUCGCAUUCAUCAGAGGGUCCAUACAGGAGAGAAACCCUAUACAUGUCAUCAGUGUGGGAAGGGCUUCAGCAAGAGUUCAAAGCUUCACACUCAUCAAAGAGUACAUACUGGAGAGAAACCCUAUAAAUGUGAAGAGUGUGGUAAGGGAUUCAGUCAGCGUUCACAUCUCCUCAUUCAUCAGAGAGUCCAUACAGGAGAAAAACCCUAUAAAUGUGAUGAUUGUGGAAAAGGCUUUAGUCACAGCUCUAAUCUUCACAUUCAUCAGAGGGUUCAUACAGGAGAGAAGCCUUAUCAAUGUGCUAAGUGUGGUAAGGGUUUCAGUCACAGCUCAGCUCUUCGAAUUCAUCAAAGAGUCCACACAGGAGAGAAACCUUAUAAAUGCCAUGAGUAUUAUAAGGGAUUUGAUCAUAAUUCACAUCUUCACAGUAAUCACAGAAGAGAAACUUUAUAA